AUGCCGGUGAGGGAAAAGAAAGAUUGGGUGAAUUCAGGGAAAGGGUAUGUGUAUCCUAUUGAAAACGGAGUGACUGGGAAAGCUACCCAAGUUUCAGACACGAAAUCGCUCAGAAUAGUGGGAUCAAAGGUUUUGAAAACGGUACUCGCCGGAAAACAAUGGCGGAUUCUGUCUAUCUGUGGAUCGGUGAAGCAGCAACGCUCUUUCAUGGAAUCUUCAAUGAUCCCCUGGCUUUUAAGAGGACUAUCUUUGGCUAUAGGCCUUGCAAUUACCACUCAUUCAGCAGUUAUAGACGAUCAAGAUCUACAACAGUAUGUCCUACGGGAAUUGGAAACUCUUCUUGAUACGAACUCAACUUCACGUUCGUUGGUUGAGUACGGUCUACCAAUGCCAGAUGCUUUUGUAGUUUCGGCGCUUGGGAACAACCUUCUUUUAGAAGAGAAAAGCUAUGACAAAGACGCCUUACGCGUUGAACACAUGAGUCUCCACGAGGGCCUUCGACCAGGGCAACUAGCUGUAUACAAUGCAGUUAUGUCUUCAAUUGAAAAUGGAACUCAAAGUUUAUUGUUUGUUUACGGCCAUGGUGGAACAGGAAAGACAUACUUAUGGAAAACGAUCAUUGCACAUCUUAGAUCAAGAGGUGAAGUUGUACUUGCUGUCGCAGCAUCAGGUAUCGCAUCACUGUUGCUUCCAUCUGGUUGGACUGCACACUCCAGAUUUAAAAUUCCAUUGGAACUAACUGAAGAGUCCAUUUGUUACAUAAAGAAGAAGUCAAACCUAUGUAAUUUGCUUUUACAAACCACUCUAACAAUAUGGGACGAGGCUCCAAUGAGUGAUCACAUAUGUUUUGAGUCCCUAGAUAAGACACUUAAGGAUUUAACAUCAAACACUUCACAAUAUUUUGGCGGAAAAUCAGUUUUACUAGGAGGCGACUUCAGGCAAACAUUACCAGUAAAACCUAAAGGCACAAAGGCUGAGGUUAUUGGAGCUUAUCUACCCAAUUCAUACUUAUGGAAACAUUUUACUGUGUAUAGGCUCACUGAAAACAUGCGCAUAAAUUCUCUUUCAACAACCUCAGCCACAGGAGCACAGUUGCAAAAUUUUUCAGAAUGGCUCCUAAGAAUAGGGGACGGGAAGGAAGGUCUCGUCGUGGAUUUUGCUGAACCUGACAUCAGAAAGAUUGAAAUACCACCCGAGUUCACACUAAAGGACCCGAAUGAUGGCCUUCAAAAUCUUAUUUCUUUAAUCUAUGAUGCUCAACUACUAGCAAACCCAUCACCAGCUGCAAUAUCAGAACGUGCUAUUAUAUGCCCAAAGAACGACACAGUUGACGAGAUCAAUGACUUGGUUCAUGCAAUGUCGCCUGGGGAAUGCACCUCAUAUUUCAGCACUGAUUCAAUGGUUCCACAUUCAAAGGAUGGAAGCGAGAUAGAUGCUAUGUACCCACCUGAAUACUUAAAUGUGCUUAAUUUCAAUGGUAUUCCCAGUCAUUGUUUACGCCUUAAAAGAAAUAGCCAUAUCAUGUUAAUGCGUAACAUGGAUCCAAAAAACGGCUUAUGUAAUGGUACUCGACUUUUGGUGACACAACUGCUUCCACGAGUGAUUGAGGCCCGCAUUAUAACUGGAACGUCAGUUGGUAAGAAAGUAUACAUACCGAGAAUCAAUUUUGUGCACGACACUAAAGAUAUACCGUUUGUGUUUACAUGUCGUCAAUUCCCGGUUAAAAUCUGUUAUGCAAUGACUAUAAACAAGAGUCAAGGCCAGUCACUCAAAAAAGUUGGGCUCUACUUACCUGAGCCUGUUUUUAGUCACGGCCAACUAUACGUCGCCUUAUCACGAGCUACCUCACCAAAUUCAUUGAAAAUACUCGCAUCAAAUAAGGCAGGCGAACAAAAAAACACAACGUUAAAUAUUGUUUACACAGACUUGCUAAAUGACAUUAAUUCACAACAGGUUUCUGAAAAUGGACAACAACGGAAUAUCGGGAUUGCGACCCAAUGGCCCAGCACCAGCGCUAGAAGUGCCUGUCAUUCGGAAGUGGGUGCCUAA